AUGGCUCAGCAAACGGAUCCCAAGGAGAGGUCAGAUCACGGAGAUGAGAACUACAUUCGGGUACCCUCGCCUGGAAGUGGACAGGACGAAGUUCCAGAGGUCUUUCGCUUGCCAUCCUGCCACGGCUACGAUCUAUACGAGGUAACGGUGGACGAUUUACAGUAUUUGUUCUCGUCGGGUGGCCUGAAUUCGGAGCAAUAUGUUCAAUUCUGCCUAGACAGAGUUCAGAAAAUCAAUCCGUACCUUGAAUGCGUGAUCGAGACGAACCCCGAGGCACUGAGCCACGCCAGAGCACUGGACGUUGAGAGGAAGCAAGGCAAGAUCAGAGGUCCACUGCACGGAAUCCCAGUCUUUGUCAAGGAUAACAUGGCUACGGCCGACAGGAUGCAAACCACCGCGGGAUCAUGGGUGCUCCUCGGUUGCAUUGUGCCCAAGGAUGCACAUAUCAUCAGUCUACUACGUAAGGCAGGGGCCGUUAUCCUGGGCAAAACGAAUCUGGAUGAAUGGGCUGGGAUGAGAGGCAGCAGCUACUCGCUGGGAUAUUCUGCCCGUGGUGGCCAAUGCCGAAAUCCCUACCUAUUGAAUCGUUCUGCAAAUGGCAGCAGCUCCGGCAGCGCCGUUUCAAUAUCGGCGAAUAUUGUCCCUCUUGCCUUCGGGACAGAAACCGACUGCAGCGUCAUCAGCCCCGGCAUGGUAAACGGCGUGGUUGCCAUCAAGCCCACCGUCGGGCUGACUUCACGGGCGGGCAUCAUUCCGAUAUCAGAAACUCAAGACUCGAUCGGUGUGUACGGACGAUGCGUGGCAGAUGCUGCCAGAGCUCUUGAUGUCAUUGCUGGCCCCGAUCCCGAGGACAAAUUCUCGACGCAGCCUGAGAGACGACAACCGAAGAGUUACUGCGACUUUCUCACCGAUCGACAAGCGCUCAAAGGAGCCAGGUUUGGCCUUCCGAUCAAAAGAUUUUGGGAUGUUGCUCCAUUUCCUCAACGAGCAGUGGCUGAAAAGGUCUUGCACCUGAUCAAAGAGGCGGGGGCGGACAUCAUUCCGGUAGACAUGCCGUGCGCGGAGGAGAGAUUGGAAAAGGACGGAGUCUGGGAUUGGGAACGUUACGGAGACGAACGGCCGGAAAUUGCGGAAAUCACAGUGAGCAAAGUGCAGACAUACUACCUGAUGAACGAGUACCUGGCCAAGUUGAAGAACACUCCCAUCAAGACGCUUGAGGAUGUGGUCCGAUUCAACGACGAAAACAGGGGAUCCGAGGGAGGGCAUAGAGGAGAUUUGCCUGCGUUUCCUGACGGUCAACGACUCUUCCGCAAAUGUGUCGAGACCAAAGGUAUUCGAGACGAGACAUACUAUGCUGCCUUGAAGCACAUCCAAUUCCAAUGCCGUGAAAAUGGGAUCGACGCCGCUCUGCGCUGUCCUCCUGAACACCGACAAGCUACAAUUCUCGGAUGCGAAGAUCAGACCGAGGAAGAGCUCCUGGACGCCCUGUUGUUCUGCGACGUCAAAGCCGGAGGGAUUCAAAUUGCCGCUCAGGCCGGCUAUCCUGUCAUGACGAUUCCCAUUGGCCUUGAUCCGGACGGCAUGCCAUUGCCACUCACGUUGCAACAUACAGCAUGGCAGGAGGACAAAUUGGUCAAAUGGGCCAGCGCCAUCGAGGAUUUGUUGAGAGCACAUGAUGAAGAAUGCUCAUCGGUUCGCAACAAGAGAUUGGGCAGGAUUCCGCCGACUUAUAUGAACCAUCUGAGGAAGAACAUUCCGGUCGAUCAAGACUACCGAUGGCCUGGAAGGCAUCGUGACCGAUACCAGUGA